AGCUCCAUUGCGAAUGAAUUAACACUCAGCAAUGACGUCUACAUUCUCUCGUGACGUUUAAUAAUUUAUGCGUCAUUCAGAAACGUUGGAAAAUAAUUAAUAUCCAGUGUUCCACCUGCAUUUUCGUCAUGUGUUUCACAACCCUUCUCCAAUUAUUUCAAUGCGCAAUGAUCUCGUACUCGUUGGGUAGUUUUUUUUUCAUCGCGAGGACCAAUCUCUGUCCCUGUGUACAUUAACACAUACUUGGCUCUGCUUUGCGUGCCUCAAAAUUCUGAUCACUGUGGUUAGUUGGAAUAGAAAAUGCUGACGAACGUUGGCAGUGAUAUUGAGUUAAAACAGAAGGAUCUGAUGGAAUACAAGAGCUUGUCUGUUGUCUAUUAUGCUCGAGUUUUCAUAGUUGAUUUGUGUGAAGUUGACGGUCUGCGGUGUUUUGCGAAUAUCUUUGCAGGGGGAAAGAUGAACCAAAUAGUUUCGGGGAUAUUCGCAAAACAAUGUGGAACAUUUUGGACGAGUUUCACUUCACAUUUGACUCCUGAUUGUUUAUCUCGUCUGACAACACAUUCAGGGACUCGGGCUGCUUUAUUCAUCGGUGGAUUAACAUCCUUUUGAGGCCUGAUAAACACCCGAAAAAGAUCCUACACCCCCUUAACCCUGUCGUCCCACAGAACGACGAAAAAAGAAAUUAACCAUUGUAACUAAUUCCUAACAACAAAAAGAAAACGUUUUUUCCAAUUAUUAUCGUAAUAACACUCCCAGUAUUUUCCCACGUGAUAAACGUGAUUCCAACGAUGAGAAUUCAUAAAAAAUAAUGUUUAAAACAAAAUGAUGAGAACCAACGGUAGAUUAAAAAAAGAAAAAUCUAAAAUUAUUAUUGAAAAACCACCAAAUGCACAAUUGUUUUGUGGA